UCUUACAGGAGAGAAGGUAUCCAAGAAUCAACUUUCCCCACUGCCUCCUAUAUAUUUCUGAAUUACAUUCCAUGCUGGAGCGACUUUUCAAAGGGAGAAGAGCACCAAUGAAGGGGAAAGAUAACUGAAAAUUGGAGGGCGCAUCUUUUGUGAAUCAGAAUGCUUCCUAUUAUUUCAGUUUUAACACAAAUUGUAAAUAGUUAUAAUGAUGCAUGCAUCUUAUGAAAUGUACAGCUGAAAAAAUUAUCUGACUUUAAAUAGCAGGGAAGAGAUUUAAAUUAGAGUGGGGGAACAGAUUUGUUACUGAUAUAAAGGAGGGCUGAAAGAGGAAAAUAAUAGCUUACAGUAUUCAGAUUUGUAGCUAUCAGGAACAGGAUGAGUAUUUAGGAAACAAACAUCUGAAAUUAUAAUCCUGAAUAAAUAACUAGAUUUGGCAGUGGCUGGGCUACAGGAGAAAGAGGGAAAUAUUGAAUUUCAUGUUAGUAUGAUAAUUGAAGUAAUCAGGAAAACAGUUUAUAGCCUGUUAUUUUUAAAUAUUUGCUAUUUUUAAAAAUGUGCUUCUCUCUAGUUUCAGUGGUGUCAUCUGAUAAAAUCAAAGACUGGCAUGCAAACCUUUCAUCAAAGAAAUGUCUGAAGGAAAUGUCUCUAUGGGAAGUGAUUUUAUUCUUAUGGGCUUUACAGAUCAGUAUACUUUUCAAAUAUUGUCUUUUUUGUUUUUCUCAGCUGUUUAUAUUUUUACCAUUGUUGGAAAUCUUGGCAUGAUUUUAUUAAUCAGGAUUGACUCCCGACUCCAUACGCCUAUGUACUUCUUCCUGAGUCAUCUUUCUCUUUUAGACAUGUGCUAUUCUUCUACAAUUGUUCCUAAAACUCUGGUGAAUUUCUUAGCAGGCAGAAAGACCAUUUCAUUUGCUGGAUGCACCACUCAGUUAUUCUUCUUUGCAGCUUGUGCUACCACUGAGAGCUACCUGCUGGCUGCCAUGGCCUAUGAUCGUUACGUUGCAGUUUGCAAGCCUCUGCUUUACACAGUUGUCAUGUCACAGAAAGUUUGUGAAGGGUUGCUGGCUGGGGCAUAUGUCAUAGGUGUGAUGAGCUCAGCUAUACAUACCAUCUCUAUAUUUCGUCUCCCAUUCUGUCAUUCUCAUAAGAUCAACCACUUUUUCUGCGAUGGGCCCCCACUCCUAACCCUAGCCUGCUCAGACACUCAUUUCAAUGAGAGACUUCUUUUUGCUGUGGUUGGGUUCAACAUCUUGAUCAGCACUGCAGUCAUUCUAGCAUCCUAUUUAUCUGUCCUCACCACUGUGCUGACUAUCCACUCUACUGAAGGCAGGUGCAAAGCCUUCUCCACCUGUGCUUCCCACUUGGCCACUGUUACAUUGUUCUAUGGAAGUUCCCUUUUCAUGUAUUCACGGCCAAGCUCAAGCUAUUCCUUGGAUCAGGACAAGGUGGUUUCUGUGUUGUACUCAGUUACAAUCCCCAUGCUUAACCCACUAAUUUACAGCAUGAGGAACAAAGAAGUGAAGGAUGCUCUUAGAAGAUUUACAGAACAGUGUAACCUCAGUCUGUAUGACAAAGCCCCUACAAAAUUAAUGUCUCAUUUUAAAUUAACUGAAAUUUUGCUGGAGUUUUGUAGAAUAUAA